CUGAUGGCAAAAUUGUGUAAGGAAUGUUCGUAAAACUUUCAUUUUUGCAUCCGUUUCCGAGCAUUUGAAAUGAAUUCCUCUGUAUGUCGUCAAAGAGUGGUUCUCACGUGGCCUGAUGGGCAUCAAUUCACCCGUCUGUUAUAGAUCCACACACAUGUGAUAAUUAUAGCACCACAGACUAAUAUAGUGAGUCUUGCACUGCGUUGGUAGUUCCAAAGCGGUCUUCAAAGCGUAAAAAUGUGAAAAUUUCAAGUGUUAUGUCACCAUCAUAUGAUAGCAAAACACAAUAAUGCGACCUUCCAAUAAUUUACCUUUAACAGUUUCGUCGACGUCAACAUUUUCCUUCCUUAUCUAACCGUACACACAACCCAAUUAGCGUUCAUCCUGGUUUUUGUCAGUAAGUGGCAGCGAAUCGUGCGAUACGUGCACGAAAAUGAAAAAAAUUUGCAAGAAAAUCACAAAUCGAAUCAGCGUUCCGAAAAAAGCACCAAGUGAUAGAAAAUCAGGUUCGUACGACUUGGAAGCGGCCCAGAGAGAAUACGACGCCACUAGAACCGUGCCAAGUGCUGUUUACACUAGUGAUAGUGAUAGUGACAGUGAAAAAUUCCAAGACGCGAGUGAUAACAUGGAACCAGUCACUUACGACGUCCCCAGAAUCAGCUUCUCGUUCAUAAACGAGCCCAAAACCCCCAUAGUGGGGCUCAUCAAGUGCGGGAGCGACCCCAACCUCGUCCUCCGGGACAAACCCGACGACGACGACGACGACGGACUUUACAAAAUCCCGCGACGAUUUUCGCAAUCUUUGACCGAUUUCAAAGUCGAGGAGUUCCAAGCUUACACUUCCGACCACUCGAGCAUCGAACAUGUGUCUUGCAGUCAAGUCAUCGUGCAAAAACCGGAAUUGGACUACUGCAAGGCCCGGAGUAAACUCCCGCUGAAACUCCGGAGACCCACGUUCCUGAAAAAGCCCAGAGCGUGGAACCAAAUCCGGACGAAAUUCAGCAAUAUCAUGAUCGAGCAUGCGGCCCAACAGCGUGUGGGGGCCUUCAAUGACAAGGAGAAAAUCACCCUGGAAGAAGUCUACAAAACGUCCAAAACCAAAUGCAAAAACGCGUUUAGGAGCACCACGAGGAUUUUCAAGCGGAAUCAGGAUUCUCUAGAUAGUGAAAAUUCAUUUGUUAAAAAUGACGCGUUUUUCGCCAAAGUACCACUCACACCGAAUGAUAUCGAGUACAAGUUUGAUUACAAUAAUGAUAAAGUUGGGAAAAAUGAUGAUGAGAAAGGUGAUUUUGAUUUUUCUUCGAUUAAAUCGGCCUUCCGGAGAAGCAAAUUCGUGGCGGUGGAGGUGAGAACUGGUGUUAAUCUAGAAUCGUGCAAUUCUAUUUUUUUUUAUUCGAUUAAGUGGAGCAGCAGAUAAUUGGGCUGAAAUGUAAGAGGUUAAAUAAAAGGUGAGAGGUUGAAGAAAAACAUAGGAAACUUCGAAUUUUUACUUUUAUUGACUUAAAUCUAAUUGUAGCAAGGUGCUGUUCCAGAAACAAUAAACACAACGUGUUUUUCGAAAAAAUAAAAUAAAUAAAACUAAACAUUAUAGGAGUCAUGUGAAUGGUAAAUGUUCUUGAUGCUUUCUCUGUACUGUUUCAAAAGAUUAAUUAUUUAAUUAAUGAAAAUGUUUUGCAGUAAACAUUCCUAGAAAUCUGCAUUAUUAAAUACAAGACAUUAAGUGUAAUGAGCAAUUGUUUCCA